AUGAAGUACUCAUUCACUUACGCGGCUCUCAUUGCCUUUGCUGGCGUUACCAACGCGCUUGCUCUCCCUCGCCCUCAGGGCUAUGGCAACGGUUACCCCACCACCCCAGACGUCCCCAAGACUCCCGAUGCCAGCCAAAGUCUGCCUACUUUCUCGAUGCCUUCGCCUACCCCUGCCCCAGCCCCAUCCGGUGGCGAGACUCCCUCCAGCGGUGAGGGUGGUUCCGGGGAUGACUCUGGCGAAGACUCUGGGUCUGACAGCGGCUCUGGCGACGGUUACGGAUUCUGGAUCCGGUUCAGGGAUCCGGUUCCAGGAUCCGGUUCAGGAUCCGGUUCAGGACUCUGGUGGUCUAUGGAGGAGGCCUCGGAGGUCUCAUCGGUGGCGGUGCCGGUGGCUCUGGGGUCUGGUGGCCUUGGUGGUGGCCUUGGAGGAGGCCUUGGAGGAGGUCUCGGUGGCAACCUUGGAGGAGGCCUCGGUGGUCUUCUCGGCGGCGGUGCCCACGGGCGGCGCCUGGCGGAGGCCUUGGAGGAGGUCUCGGUGGCAGCCUUGGAGGAGGCCUUCGGGCGGUUCUUCUCGGCGGAGGGUGCUCACGGUGGUGCCAGCGGUGGUGCCAGCGGUGGUGCCAGCGGAGGCCUCGGUGGCAUGCUUGGUGGACUCCUUGGUGGAAAAGGCCAAGGUGGCGCUGGCGGAUCUGCAUCUGGUGGCCUUGGUGGCAGCCUUGGAGGAGGCCUCGGUGGCAGCCUUGGAGGAGGCCUCGGCGGUCUUCUCGGCGGAGGUGCUCACGGUGGUGCCAGCGGUGGUGCCAGCGGAGGUGCCAGCGGAGGCCUCGGUGGCAUGCUCGGUGGACUCCUUGGUGGAAAGGGCCAAGGCGGCGCUGGGGGUCACCUCGGAGGCGGUCUUAGCGGUGGAGCUGGUGGCAGCGUAGGAGGAGGUGCCGGUGCUGGAGCUGGCGGAUCUGUCGGUGGUGGUGCCGGUGGCCAAGUCGGUGGUGGUGCUGGCGGAUCUGUCGGAGGAGGUGCCGGUGCUGGAGCUGGCGGAUCUGUCGGUGGUGGUGCUGAGGGCGGAGCUGGAGGAUCCGUUGGUGGAGGCGCCGAGGGAGGUGCAGACGGCUCUGAGGGAUCUGACGACUCUGAGGGAUCUGAAGGCUCUGAGACUCCUGAAGGAGAGGAGGGUUCUGGCUCAGGAUACGGUGAUGACUGCGAUUGCGACAAGGAGUAAGCUUUAAGAAGCUGUUCGGAGACCUAAAACGUUGUUUGUAUAUACCUUUACCACAAAUUUUCAUAUUCACUUUCAAA